CACACACACACAUAAAAAGACAAUAACAACUCGGUCAAACUCACAGACCAAAAAAAAUGGUAAUGUUCAUAUAGGACGAACGCGUAUGUCACGUGUGUUUUUUUUUAUAAAAAGAAAUCAUGGAAAAAUUAAACGAUAAUCAAGAUGGAGAUAUUAUCAUUGAAAAAGGUGUAGCACCGAUACGAAAAGAAUUUCUGAUCGAACGUUGUCCAACAAUUAAUGUUGUUGACAAGAAAAAUGAUGGAUUCAUCAGCGGCGUUGAAAAUGAUGAUAAUUCAGAAAAUAAACGUAAAAUUAGCAAUGAUAAUGGAUCGGAAAAUCAUGGUGAUAAUGAUGAUGAUGAAAAUACAAAUGAAAAAAGGAAAAAAAAGAUGCGUGGCCAAAAUAAACAACGUCGUGGACAAAUGCAUAAAGCUGUUAAACAAUUAGGUGAAACACGUAAUCAUCGUAUUUGUCGUGCUUAUUUUCGUGAAAAUAAAUGUCCAUUUGGUGAUAAAUGUACAUUUUCACAUGAUAUUGAUGCAUAUCUAAAGGAAAAUCCUGAUCGUAAUGAUAUCGGUGACCAUUGUCCGAAUUUCGAACGAUACGGUAAAUGUAAUGCCGGUAUAUUCUGUCGUUAUGGUAGUGGCCAUCUACGUGAUGGCCAUUUCAAUGUUAUUGAUGAAGAAAAAUAUGAACGAAUUAGUCGUGAAGAUCGAACCAUGAAUUAUUUAUCCAAAGAUGUACAAUUUCAAUUGCGAAAACGAAAAUAUGAUUUUAGCGAAGCUAACCGAUUUAGUCAACAAAUUUGUUCGGUUGAUAAUAUUCGUCUGACAGAAUUGAAAAAAGAACCAAGACCGAAACCAUUAAAACGAACGAUUGAUUUUCGCGGAAAACUUUAUCUGGCACCAUUAACUACCGUUGGAAAUCUACCGUUUCGUCGUAUUUGUAAAGAAUUUGGUGCCGAUAUAACAUGUGGUGAGAUGGCCGUUUGUUCAUCAUUGUUAGAAGGUUCCAGUUCCGAAUGGGCAUUGAUUCGUCGUCAUUCUACUGAAGAUAUAUUCGGUGUACAGCUUUGUGGUUCAGGUCCAGAUCAAUUAGCACGUUGUGCACAAAUUAUUUCCAAUGAAUGUGAUGUUGAUUUUAUCGAUCUAAAUAUGGGUUGUCCAAUCGAUCUAGUUUAUCGUAAAGGUGCCGGUUGUGCAUUAAUGGAACGACGACGUAAAUUGGAUAAUAUUAUCUACAGUGUAACAUCGGUAACAAACAUACCGUUUACAUUGAAAAUGCGUACAGGUGUACAUAAUGGAAAAAAUAUAGCCAAAAAUCUAAUCAAUUCAUUACGUGAAUGGCCACGUGAUCGUUUAGCAAUGAUCGCUAUACAUGGACGUUCACGUGAACAACGUUAUACAAAAUCGGCUGAUUGGUCUUAUAUUGGUGAAUGUGCUGUUGAUGCACAUCAAUCAUCUAUCAAUAAUAAUGAUGAUAAUAAUGAUUAUAAACCAUUACCAAUAUUUGGAUCAGGUGAUAUAAUUUCAUAUGAAGAUUAUUAUGAAAAAUUGGAAAAAUAUAAUGUUGAUGGUAUAAUGAUUGGACGUGGUGCAUUAAUUAAACCAUGGAUAUUUACUGAAAUUAAAGAAAAACGUGUAUGGGAUAUUCGAUCAUCCGAACGUAUGGAUAUUCUACGUCGUUAUGUUAAUUAUGGCCUAUCGAAUUGGGGUUCCGAUCGUGAAGGUGUUGAAAAAACACGUUGGUUUUUACUUGAAUGGUUAUCAUUUUUACAUCGUUAUAUACCUGUUGGACUGUUGGAACGAUUACCACAACAAAUUAAUGAUCGACCACCACGUUAUCGUGGUCGUGAUGAUCUUGAAACAUUAAUGUCAUCAUCAUUAUGUAGAGAUUGGAUUUCUAUUUCCGAAAUGUUAUUAGGUCCAGUUGAUGAUGGUUUUCAAUUUAUACCAAAACAUAAAGCAUCAUCUUAUUGAAAAAAAUUUUAUUUUUAU